AUGAAUAAUGACGACUUGCGGGCUAAUAUCCACCGCUUCCGGGUCCGCCCUACGUCUACGGCGGCGGCGGCGGCCGAGUCGGCACCGCCCCGACGCCGACGCUCCUCCUCCGCCUCGCCUCUCGUCGGACCCCUAACCCCCAUCGCGCGCGACGUCGUCAUCCCUGCGUGUGACCGAUGCCGAAGCUUCAAGAAGAAGUGCAGUCGUACGUUUCCCGUGUGCUCGCUGUGCGCCCGCGCCGGCCGCGACUGCUCCUUUUCGGCCGCCGCCGCCGCUGUAUCGUCGUCGUCGUCGUCGGCUAAGGUCCAGGUGCAUCACCUGCGCGCCCGCGUCGCGUGGCUCUCCCGUCUGAUUGACGAGAACAACCUCCUCGCGCGGGGGUGCCCCAGUAUCGAGGGCGUCACCACCGGAUCCGACCUGACGGGGAUGCUGGCCAGCCCCAGCCCCAUCCUUCCUGCUACUAAUGUGUCGUCGUUGCCGGCUGUGACCCAGCCAGACCUGGCGGCUGCUUCUCACGCCCACGGCACGGGGGAGACGACUUUAGCCUCUAUCAUAAACCGGGAGCAUGAGCCCGUGGAAUCCGAUGCUCGUCUCGCCGCGGCCCAGUACAGGCUCAGCGGCAACCUCGCUGGCGGCGCACCACAGAAUCCUCUGGCGCGCACGCUGGUCGACGCCUACUUCCGCCACAUCCACCGGGCAUACCCAUUCAUGAACCGGGCCCUGGUGCUACGAGACCUCGCCGCCCUCGGGCCCGCCGCAUGGCCGCCGCGGCGGCGACGCGCCGACUCUACCUUGCUCUUCCUCGUCAUGGCCCUCGGAUGCACCACCCUCCAGCGCUCCGGGCAGAUGCCCCGCGACGCACCCGCCACCUUUGCCGUCCAUGUUCCCGUCGCGGACAUUCUUCAAGAGUGCGUCCUCGGCAACGACAUCGAGUCCAUCCAGAUCCUCGUCCUCCUCGCGCUGCACUGCAUGUACGACCCCGCCCCGGGGCUGACCUGGUCCGUCGCCGGCAUCGCGGCUCGCCAGGCCAUGGCGCUUGGCCUGACGCGCCGCGCCGACGCCUUCCUCUCGUCGACAGACCGGGAGCUCCGCCACCGGCUCUUCUGGAGCACCUGGGUGCUCGACCGGGUCAUGGCAUACUCAACCGGUCUCCCGCCCGCGCUGUCCGACGAGAGCAUCGACGUCCCGCUGCCCGGCCUCGCCGUGGAGGAGUUUGCUUCCCCCGAGCGGCCGCGCUUCGCCUCGGCACUGCAGAUCCAUCGGCACGUCAUCCGUCUGCGGCAGCUCGAGGACCGCAUCCUCGCGCAGGUGCUGUCCGGCGGCAAGGAGCUCGCUGCCCAGCACGACCGUCGCGCUGCCAUCAAGGAAAUGAGGACGGAAAUCGAAAACUGGUACAGUGACGGCUGCCUGCUGUCGCCCGUGGAGCCGGACAACGUCCCCUUUCACACGUCGGUCGCGUGGCUCAGCGCGCGCUACUACCACGUCCUGCUGAUGUUGCAUUAUCCAUGCCGCUUCAACGGUUUCGGGGCCAUCAUGUCGUCGCUCGACCUGCUGCGCUUCGCGCAGAAGCACCUGCAGUCGACUCUCGUCCUCCUUCAACAGCGACAGCUCCCGCUAAAUAUCGUCACCUUGGCACGUACCCUGCCCGUCGGCCUGGCGCUCGUGCACUGCCUCAUGAGCGGCGUCGUCGAGCCGGCCUCGACCACCGACGCGGUCGACACGCUGAUUGACGUAUUCGAAGCUUUCCCCGACACCUGGACGCACGCUCGACGAGCGGCACGCGUGUUCCGGCAGGUGAGAAUGGCUGUCGCUAAGAUAGCGUCACAGCAGCAGCAGCCGCUGCCAUCAUUCUCAGACGACGCCCGACCGCAACCCGGCGAGUGCAAGUCGUCGUACCAAGAGCGCCUGAGGUCGCUGGCUGCUGUCGUGACGAGCAUCAUGGAGGAAGUGCUCGGCAAGACGACCGGCUAUGCCAUCCCCGAGUUUCUCUGCGAGCAGGCGGCGAGCAACGGCAGGUUUUAUACGUCCAACUCACCCACCAAUCCAGUUCAGGCGUCCAUAGCCUCAGUACAUGACGAAACAGCGGCGGAGCAUGGUUGGGGGUCCCUGCAGUUUGCAUUUCUGUAG